AUGAAUCAAAAACUGAAAUGUUCAUCAUUAAAGUGUUUAACAUGCCACCUUCGUACCAGUGGAGACCGUUGUAGAAGAGGUUUUGGUGUGUGCACUGCCCAGGAGAAUGAGAUGUGCAUGACUCUAAAGCUCUACAAGGAUGGAGAGCUCAACAUUAUAUAUAUGGAAUGUGAGAAAUUCUGCAAGAAUCUACAAUUUAAACAAGAUGGUUGGACUUAUGUGCAUAAUUGCUGUGCCACUGAUUACUGUAACAAUGAAAUCUAG